AUGGAAGGUUCAAGAGGAAGCGUUGCAUCUAAAGGUGAACCAGUAAGUCAUCAUAAAACGAGAAUACUCUAGUGCCGGAUAGAGGGGAUAGCUGAUGAGAUAUUCCCAUUCUUGAGGUCGUCAAAUACUUUUUUAUCAACUUUAGAAUUCAUUGUCGAAUACAAAUUUAUUAAAUGAGCCCUCCAAUUCUUUGGGAAAGGAAAGGAAACGUUAUGAUAUAUGUAAAUAACGGAUAAAUCAGAUAUCCUAGGUUUUACUUUGAAAGAGAUUUAUAGCCAUUUUUUAGACCAAACAUCAAUCAAUGAUCAUUAUUAGCUCGCUCAGGGCUGAGUAAUACUCGAUCUGGUUUCGGUACAUUUUACGCUGAAGUAAAAGCUCUAUUCAUGGCUAGACCUUAAUCAUGAUAAAAGUUCAGGUAGCUUAUGAUACAACUGUGUCUAUGGGUUUAACAUUGAGGCACUGUCUGUCUAUAAAGUUCUGCUAUGCCACUCCUGGUCGUUAUUCAGCUAGCUUGCACGAAAGCAAACAGUUAUAGUAAUUUUUUCACCCACCCUCCCUCCCUUUGGAGGAGUUGUGUUGUGUUUUGUGUCAAUAAAAGUCUGGCAGGUCACUCCUUGUGGUGCGAUUAAGUCUGCAUUGUGACUGCCCCCAAGCUUUUGGAAUUGCUUGUGUCUUGCCAUCUUAUUCCUUUGCCUUAAUCUGGUCCCAUCCAGCCCAUACAGUGCUGGGUAGAUAAGAAAGGCUCUGCCAAUACUCAUUGUCCAACCCCACGGUAGUGGGGUGAUAAGUGAGGCUUGUGUCGUUAUAACCUGCCACAGGGCUGUGUCCCCCCUUGUUACACCAUCUUUUAGUUAUAAUAAUCAUCAUAAUAAUAAGGACUUAAAGGGAUAACACAAUUACCGGAAAUUCCAGUAGUUUUCAUUGUGGUCCAUUUGUUGUGUUUUUUUUUAGCCUCUGUGCAUUAUUUAGUUGCAUGACUUUUGCAUGCGUAUCUUAAUCAAAAUAGAGACAUUAAAAGGCCUUUUGUAGUUUUCAAUGUUAUUUCUUGCAUAGGAAGAUCCCACAGUAAACCAGCAACCAGUGAAUGAAGGAGACACUACAGCAACUACUGGUAAAUAUAAUAUAUGUCAAAUAAUUUAUUGCCAAUGAGCAGCCUCGUGUCUUUGCGAGAUGGCAGCAGAAAGCUGUGCUUGAAAGCUCCAGGGCGGAAUGAAUCUCGAAGCGAUGUAACAUAAGGUAGUCUAAGGUAACUUUUAUGAUGUAAUGCAGAACAGAGAAUGCAUUGUUUUCGAGCAAACGAGCAAGCACGCGCAUACAGAUAAAAUCUUUGCUCAUUAGCACUUAGUGAUAGCUAUAACUAGUAUUAUAUAACGUUUCACUGUCACAUUGUCAGUUUUACAAUGGGAAGUCACUCCCUGGGGCUAAGAGAAGAUAUGAAUUUCUCAUUUUUCAACAUCUUUUACCUUCCCUUCCACAUUUUCUUUUAAAUCCCUUGUUUCCUGUCUUAUACCCCCACCUCAAUCCCCAUACCAGUCUUUAAAAACUGUUACAGUAUCAUUUGAUCAUGUAUUCUAUUUUUCUACAAAGGAACUUCAUGGGGAUGGAAAGAUCUGGCUUUAGGUGCAGCAGUUGGCACUGCCGCUGUUGCAGCAACUCCAGUGGUCCUUAGUGCUGCUGGCUUUACCGCUGGGGGGAUCGCUGUUGGUUCUGCUGCAGCAUCUAUGCAGUCAGUGCUUUAUGGAUCAAUGGUGGCUUCUAGAAGUAUAUUCGCAGCAUUACAGAGUGCAGGGGUGGCUGGAAUUAGUGCAACUGCAAGUGGUAUCAUAGCUGGAACCACUGGAACUGCAGCUGUGUUUAUUAAAAAAGCUGGGGAAAAGUGGUUCUGGAAAGGCAAGGAUAAGGAAUCAUAAUAUGGAAAAGGUUGACGCGAAAAUGAGAAAUGGUUUACUUUCAAGAGAAAUGAGAUGGAAUUGAAAAAAGCCUUUGUCAUAUUGUGCACUGUAAUUUUUCACAAUUCAGUAAGGUUACUGUAUAGAAAAAAGGUUCAACCCAUCAGAAUUAAUUAAAAAAGAAGACAAAAAGUUUGCACACAAAAAGUAUUACAAUUUCUUACACAGCACAAAAAAACAUUGACCAG